AAAAUGUGGUAAAAUGUUGUGACAUCUAUAUCAAUUAGAAGAAAAUUCUGAAAACGGGAAAAGGAAAGAUGUGGAAGCUAUUUUAAAAAGAAUCGGUUAUUAAAGGUGUAAAUGAGUACUUUGGUGUUUAAGAUGGUUAUACUAAUAUGAAGAUUUGACUGUUUUGAAUUUAAAUAUACUAUAACACAAGUUUACUGAAACGCUCAUGGCAUUUCAUUCCUCUAAGAAAGUGAAGUAUUCAGUGUUAAAUGAAGACCUCUCCAGCAGUCAUGAAAACAACAUUGAUGAUAAUUUCAAAUUUAACCCCAUUUUGAGUAAAUUAAGGCAUGCAAAAUACCUCAAAGGACAUGCUAAGAGUAAAGAUACUUCACAUAGUGAUAGUGAAGAGUAUGAUGGGCAGAUUUUUGUUUUCGAUACUGAAUAUGCUGGAGAUAAUGAAGAACUGUGUACUGAUCUCUUGGAUAUGGCACAUUUCCGCCAACGAGGGCAGAACAAAAACUCUGAUAAGUCAAGUUUUCAUCAGUCAUCCCUUGAAAACUGGACAGAACCAGGUCAGACUAGCCUUCAGAACAAGUUUGACACACUUAGGGACUUCCUUGAGCAUAAAGUCAAAAAAGAGGAUACAUUGCAGCGUUUGUCACUCUUGUAUAGUUGCCCGGUUUCAGAAAUUAAGAGAGCAAACAAUCUACAAACUGACAAAGAAUUGUUUGCAAGAAAAUCUCUGAUCAUUCCCGUAAGGAAACACAGCAUUUUAACAGAGAUCCUUCCAUAUGCAAAAAGCUCUUCAUAUGAGGCAAGUUCGUUAAGAAUUGUUGAAGACAACACUAUACAUAGUGACAAUGAAAGAACAAUAUCUAUUGGAAUUGGCCGUGCACUUGCUGAAGAAAAACAUAAUGGGACUGUAGAAUUCCUGAAAGCAAUGGAUAGAGACCUUGCUAAAAUAAGAGAUUCUACUCAUACAUAUAAAAACUCGCUGGAGGAUGUCAAGGCUACUUUAACAUCUCCAAGGUUUGCUCCCAUUAUUUUUGAAAACCCAAAGAAAAAAAGCAUUUUCAGUGGUGUUGACUGUGGUAUUAGUUGGUGGAGUCUUUUAGUGGUAAUUUUUGUCAUUGGAAUAGUGGCCCCACUUGUUUAUAUGCUGUAUUAUAAAAUCUUUCAACCUGUUGGUAAUAAUGCAACUACAUAUUUUGAUAGAUAAUGUUUUACAUAUCUUAGCUGAUGCAGAAAGUUUUAAUUAAUGUUGAAGAUACAAACUAUAGAUAUGUAUAUUCAUUAUAUAUCUAUUAUGUAAGAUAGUUUAAUAAUUAAUGUUAUGUGUGUAAGAUAGUGAAAAUAUGAUCUAUAUAAAUCUGGCUUUAGUUUUAAAUUGUGUAUAGGAACAUUUCUGUUCUAGCAGCAUUGCAAGGUAAUUAUGAAGACAAACAGUAAACUGUUGUCACCAAAGAAAAUAUUUGAACUUGCAAAGAAGAAUUCAGACUUUGUUCAACAUAAAAUAUUUAAAAAAUAUGAAAUCUAAAGGAUUUGUUUCAUUCCUUUGAGAACUGCACUUAUUCAAGGUGAAUAUCAGCCAUUUAAUAUACAUAUUGUAUAAUGUAAGUGCCAUUUAGUUUAAAAAAGCUUGUAACAGGCAGAACUGUCUUUCAUUUGUUUUGUAACUUUAAAACAUUUCCAAAGGAUUGAUUUUGCUACUAUGUGAGCAAUUAUAGUAAAGUUUUGUCAAGAAUAGCUUACAUGUAUUACACAAGGACCAAAUUCGUAAAAUCUCUCAAUUUAGAACUGUGGUUUUUCAGGAAAAAAAAAUUGAUAUUUUGAAUAAAAAGCAUUUAAAUAACUAUAAACUUUUGUGUGUGUGUGUGUAUAUAUAAUAUAUUGAACAUGUGUUUUAACUUUAUAUUGAAAGUUGCUGACUUGUCAACAUCUGAAGUUUGAAGGUGGAAUGGAAGUUUGUAAAUGGUUAUAGUACAUUUCUUGUGAUCUUUUUAUGCUUUGAAUGAAGGGCUUGGUAUUCAUAAUUGAUAAAAAAAAAUGACAUAAAACUUACUUAUACCAUAUAAAGAUUUAUAGUGUAGUUAUAGAAGGUAGUGUUUCACUUACAUAAAGUUACUUUU